UUAUAAAUGGACCCAACCGCAUUGGCAGCGCUGUUGGAGGCGCAGGAGCGGAGGCAUCAGGAAUCAUUGACGGCCAUGAUGGAAAGGAUGCAUGGCUUGUUCCUGGAGGCCAAUCGGGGGAGGGAACCGGCGGUUCAACCAGCAGUACCCCUACCAAGGGUAAGGGUAGUGAAGAUGUCGCUGGAGGAUGACCCUGAGGCUUACUUAGUUGCCUUUGAAAGGCAGGCAACAGCAGCUCAGUGGCCUCGGGAGUGGUGGGCUACCCAGUUGGGCCCCAAUUUGAUCGGAGAGGCCCAGGCAGCCUACCAAGCCUUGACACAUGAGCAAGCCCUGGUGUACGACCAGGUGAAGCAGGCCAUUCUCCAGCGGCUGGACAUCACAGAGGAGACACAUCGCCGCCGGUUCCGGGAGUACCAGCGCCCCCCAGGACUGCGACCCCGCGUGGUGGCCCAGCAACUAGUGGAUCAUGUGACCCGGUGGCUCUGCCCCGGCACCAACGAUGCAGAAAAGAUCACCGAGCUGAUUGCCAUAGAGCAGUUCGUGAAGGUGCUGGGGCCGGACACCCAGAACUGGGUCACCAGGCAUCGACCCACCACGCUAGAGGCAGCAGUCCGAUUGGCUGAGGGGUAUGAGGAUGCCUUGGCAUCAGCUCCUGUGGUCGUUACCCCCGCUCCUCCCUCCAACCGACCCCGGACAGGACCGACUCCAAGGACAGGACCCCCACAGCACUUCACCCCCUCCCCCCACGGGGCUACUUCUCAUCGGCACCCCACGGGUGGCCUUCCUCCACCCCAAUGGAGGGCGAGGUCGACCCCCAGCGGGGUGAGAGCAGAGAACCCCUCCCCACUGCCGAACCGGCAGCGGGACACGCAAGCUCCGUGGGCGCCCUUUCACCCCACGUGUUACCGGUGCCAUGAGGUCGGCCACCUUGCGCGGAAUUGUCCGGCGGCGAUGGAAUGUGGUGCGGCCUCCCAUUACCUACCAACAGCACCAGAGGAGGAGUGAGCCGCGGACCGGCGAUUGAUAAAGAGCACGUCCUUGCACUGCACAGCACAGCACAGCACAGCACAGCACCACUCACGGCACCACGCUUCUCUGGAGCGAGAGCACUGCGCGCACAGAGAACGCGGGGACGGACAAAGUCCCGUUUUUGUUUAUUUUUAGAAAAGCUGCCGUGUACCCCCCUCAAUACCAUCGCUGGUAAAGGGGUGGACUUAUUUUGUGUUUGUUGUUAUUAUUUUUAUUAUUAUUAAAGUCCACAGACUGUUUUGGGAGAAAAGGAUUGUGUGGACUGGAUUUAUUUACUGC